AUGGCGCCCGGCGACGGCGCCGAUCUCUCGCACGUCCGUCGCGGGACCGCGCGCCGGGCGCCCGCGACGUCGGGGACGGGCGACGGACGCCGCGAGCGCGUGGAGCGGUUCCACGGCGCGUUCGAGGGGGGAUGGAGCGCGGGACACUUUAAUUCCGUGGGCACGGCGGAUGGGUGGACGCCGCGGACGUUUCGAAGCGGACGACGAACGAGGGCGGAUGAGACGUCGAGGGAACAGCGCGUGGAAGAUUUCAUGGAUGAGGAUGAGAUCCGAGAGCGGCGAGCGACGGUGUUGAGGACGAGGGAAGGAUUCGAUACGUUUGGCGACGGCGCGCGAGAACGCGGUCGCGAGGCGGGACGGCGCGCGGCGGAACGAGACGAACGUGGCGUCGGUGGAGAGAUGGUGAGCGGUGAUAUUGGGGGGUCGUUUGAGGUUGCGGAUUUGCUGGUGGUCGGCGAGGCGUACGGGAUCGGAAGGGCGUUGUUGAGAAAGUUGGGACGGGCUCGGCGGAGAGCGCGAGACGUCGUCGUGGACGGCGAAGACGAACGCGCGGUGGAGCGGUCAGAGAUCCCGAGAUACGUCGUCGAUCCGAAGAAUGAUCGAAAGGGCUUGGGAUACGACGCGUUCGCGGGGGCGGAGGAAUUUCGAGACGCCGCGAUGCGGCGGCGGAGGGCGAUGGAGGACGAAAACUCUGGACGCGCUCGCGGACGUCGUCGAGGCGAGGCGUUCGGCGUGAGCGUGUUCGAGGAGGAGGACGAGGCUUUGUAUGACGAAGAUAAGCCGAAAUCAAGCGAAUACGUGUUCGAAUUGGACGACGAUGACGACGUCAACAUCGAGGGCCGGGACGAUUUCGGUGCGAGACGAGCGCCGGGUGCGACGCUCGCGCUCGGCGCUGCGCUUCCGAACGACUGCGUCGUGCGAGGAUUCAAGGUUUCCUCAGACACGCUCGCGCCACCAAAGUGGUUUGAGCCGCCCGUUGUGCCGAGAAAUUAUCAACCGCGCGCUCCCGUCGCGCCGAGAGCGGCGCGAGCGACGACGGUGCAGCCAACGCUGCCUCCCGAGGCGCCAGCGCCGGCGGAUGUGGAGCGACGCAAAGUCAUCGACACCUUGGCCACGUUCGUCGCGAAGCACGGUAAGCAGUUCGAGGACAUGGCCAAGGCGCGACAGGGUGAAGACGAUGAAAAAUUUUCGUUUCUCUUUGGCGGGCGCGACUCCGGGUAUUACAAGUGGAAAUUGGCCAAGGCGGCCAUUGAGGCAAACUCUGAGGCGUCGGUGGCUCCGGAGAGACGCGCGCGACCGCUCGGGAUGGAGGACAGGGCGAAGCUCUUAGGUGAGGAGUUGUUACCUUCGACCGUCAGUUCCUUAGGCCGCGGCAGCACGGUGACCGCGCCGAAUCCAUCCGCGCGCGAGCCGCCGGCGAGGCAGAAGUUCUCAAUCGACGGUAUCGACGCCAGCGAUCGUGAGCGCAUUCAGAAACUCUUGAGCAAGACGUUCACCACCGGCGGGGUCGUGCAAUCGGACAAGAUCGAACAAGUUGGAUUGCACGUUCUCGAGAAGAAUAAGCCAAAGAUAGAGCCGCACAAGCGUGAAGUGGACGAUAGCGCCGCACUCGUUACGCAGAUGCCGCUCGUCGCCUCUCGCUCAUCCAUGGAGUGGGCCCCGGAACCGUUGCUGUGCAAGCGUUUUGGAAUCCAGGAUCCGUUCGCGAACAGAGCGCGUCCGGACGUCACGCGAUACAAGUUCCGCUCGGAUGGUAUCUCACUGGACGCCACGCACGCAAAGGCGCGCGAAGAGGCACCGAAGUACCUUGACGUGCCGCCACCUCCUCCGGCUGCGAAGAAAAAGACGGAGGUCCCGCCGCCGCCUCCAGUGCCUGCCGCGUCCAAGAGUGUCAAGGUCCCGCCGCCACCGCCACCGCCGGCUGCUGCGGCGACGGUGGCGUUUGUCGAGAAACCGAUGUGUCUCUUCAAUGCGAUAUUUGAAGACUCCGAUGAAGAAGCAGAGGAAGACGAUAACGAGACGGAGGCUGACGUCGACGUCAUCAAGGCGGCCCUCACGAAACCUGACUCACCGCGUGUGCCCGCGCCAACGCCUGCCGCAGCGCCCGUGUGGUCGUCGGCCGUGAUGACCAAACCCGCAGAGGAUGAACGCACUCGCAAACAGAAACGAGAGCGUGAAUCCAAAUCCCGGAAAAGGAAAAAAGAAAAGAAAGAGAAGAAAGAGAAGAGGCGCCCGCGAGACGAUCGAAAGCAUAGAAAACAUAGAAAGCGCUCGAGGCGCGAUUACGACUCGAGUUCGAGCUACACUAGUGAUUGA